AUGUCAAUGUCAAAAGUCAAAAUAGAAACUCCAUGAACUAAUAUUGUAAAAAAUAAAUAAUUUCAGUUGUAAACAGUAUUUAUAAUGCGAAAUGGGCCGCAAAUGUAACGUGGAAGGUUGCCAAUCCGACUCGAGCAGACCGAAAGAUGUCGGAGUUACAUUUCACAAAGUUCCGCCUCACAGCGACAUCAGACCAAAGUGGCUGUCUUUAUGCAGGAUACCGGAAGACAAAAAGAGCGUUAAAGUUAUAUACGUUUGCUCCCGGCAUUUCCUCCGAGCCGAUUUCUGUAAUUUCAAAGGUAAGAAAUACAUGCUGAAGCAAGGGGUGCUGCCUAGUGUAUUUCCCUGGGACAAAUCGAAGCUCGAAGCCAUCAAAGCCGAAACGAAGAAGGAUAAACAGUCUGAUUCGAAGGACGAGUCCGGGAAUAGUUCUCAAAUUGUCACCGAUUUGGACACUAGCAUUGAUAUUAAAGAAGAAAAUUUAGAGGAUAAAAUCAAGCAGGAAGUGCUCGAAGGGGACGAUCAAUUGAGCGAAUUGAAAGUCGAGCCGAAGAAUGAAGAAGACAUUAAAGAAGAAACUCCUAACACAUCGACGACUAAUUCUUUAAAUUUCACCAUUAAUUCCAAAUUGGAAGUGUUAGAUUUUAAAAACAAAUGGUAUCCAGCCAAAAUAGUGGAAAUCGAUUACGAGGAAAACGAAGUGUUGAUACAUUUUGAUAAUUUUUCGACUAAAUACGACGAAUGGAUAUCGACGAACAGCUCUCGCUUAAGGCCCCUGCAGGAGGGAACCCCUGCAGUGGAUCCUGAGAAAAACCUUGAUGGAAAUGAUGCUUUUGCAGUCGGAGAAAGAUGCCUAGCUUCUUGGAGUGUAUCGAGGAAAUUUCCCGCUACUAUAACAAAAGUAUUAGAUAAUGAUAAUUACGAAGUACUAUUCGAUGACGGGUUUGUUAAAACUUUGAAAGGUUCUAAAAUUAACAAAUCUGAUGGUAAAUCCAGUUCUCUGUUUGACCCGAUAAAGAGCACUAAACAAGACAGAAGGGAUAAAAAACGAAAAUUAAAUGUAGCCGCUCUAUUUAGGAAAAGACCAAAACUAGAUCUAGUCGAUGAUAAAUCGAAAAAGGCAAAUACUAGUACCGCAAGUACAUCGGACGCCGCUGAAUCGCCUCAAACCGAUGGUAUUAGUCCUGGAUUGACACCGUCUGCAGAUGAUAUUGAUAACUGGAAACCGAGUUGGUACAAGAAUAAACCUAUAGGGAUAGAAUCUUCACUUCAAACUCAAGAUGGCCUUAAAGUAACCUACAUAGUUCCCGAUCCUCGACUUCCACCUGGCUGGAACAAACAUCUAAUUCGUCGUACAAAAGGAUGUGAUCCUGGCAAAUGGGACACAAUAAUUAUCAGUCCCGACAAUAAAAGAUUGCGAUCAAAGUCGGAUGCAUUGAAGUACAUAGAGGAUCAUCCCAACGAAGUACUCAACGAGAAAAUGUUCGAUUUUUCGCUUGUAUUGAAAAGAAAACGCAAAACCGCGACCUCCACUCCGAUGAAAUCUCCUCCGAAAGAACCUCAACCUUCAAAUCUCGCGGAGUUCGAAGAAAACUUAGAAGCUUCAACGGAUAGUCAGAUUAGAGAAGAAGACAAUUCCAACUGCCUUAAGAUACUCUUCGAAGACGAUGCGUACAAAUGUCCGAUAAGCGGAUGCGGUAAAAUAUUUAGAAGGGAAAAUUUGGCGCAAAUGCACGUGAAACACUAUCAUCCCGAGUACACGAAAUUUCUGGAUUCAACUCCUAAUGUCGCCGAUUUGGCUUAUGCUCGCACUGUGGGGGAAAGUCUGGAUAGAUCUCCAGAGGAGUACGACUUGAAGACGGACGGCCAUUUUUUAAGACCCCAAAAACCGCCGCCGUUGAAACCGGCUUUGAAAACCAUCCUGAAAACGCCGAAACAUUCGAGUUCGGCGCUAGAAGAAAUGCCCGAACUCAAACCGGCCGGCAAACCCAAAUCGAAGGAUUCCGAAAUCAUCAAAUUGCUGAACACCAAGCCGUACAACAAGCAAGAAUCGGAGGGCGUCCAAUCGCCGCCCGCCACGGGAACCCCCGCCAGCCCUUAUCCCGACAUUAAACUCAAGGAUCUGCUGACCAGGACCGACACCGUCCCCAAAAGGGACGACUUGAACAUGAAGAACCUCUGCAAAACCAAACCGGCCGGUAUAAAAACUUUACUACCCGGUCACCGACCGCCAUCCGAACCGCUAAGCGAGUACGAAGACUUCCCGAAGCCACCGAAGCGAAAACGAGGCCAUUUAGACAGUACCGAAACCAUCCAAGGUAGAGACCAUCAAACCGAUCAACAGAACCAAUCGACACCUAAUCCCACACUUCCCGUCACCGCUCCUCCAUCUCACAAUUUACCAACCACUCCACACGAUCCAUCUCCCGCCACCCAAUCACCGAUCACACAACCACCCGCUCCCCACCAUCCCCCUAAUAAUAUUAUCAUUGAAGGCGGCGAGGUGAUUAAGAUAGUGAGAAUGAAGCAAGAGGAGAUCAUCAAUUGCACGUGCGGCUUCAUGGAGGAGGACGGGCUGAUGAUCCAGUGCGAGCUGUGCCUGUGCUGGCAGCACGCCUACUGCAACAACAUCGAACGGGAGAGCCAGGUGCCCGAUAAAUACGUUUGUUACAUCUGCCAGAAUCCGCUGCGGGAGCGCCGCUCUCGGAAGUACUACCACGAUCAGGACUGGCUGACGAAAGGGGCGAUGCCGGUGGGUGGUUUCCACACGAAGGACGACGAGGCGCUGCACAAGCGGUUCGAGAAGUUGAAGAAGUGCCACGAUUUGUCGGGGAGAUUGGUGGAUUUGGCGCAGUACCAGCACAGCUUGGGGAUUAAGAUGAAAAUAGCCGAGGCUAAGAAUCAUCCUAAAUUGUAUUUGUGGUCGAAACCGUGGCCUAAAUUGGCGUUACCCGAAAAAACUAAACCGGAAUUGGAGGAUAUAAAACCGAAGAUCGAAGGCGAUGGUUCCGAUUUCCUUAAAAGCGAUUUCGACGAUGAAAAGGAGUCUCAGAAUGAAAAUUCCAUGUUGAUGAUGAUUCUCAAAGCAGGUAAAAGUGUGAUGCCCAAGCUCGAUUUGAACACUUUGAUGGAAAACAACAGCCCGAUUAUUCCGCAACCGGAGGCCGUCAUAGAUUCGGCCGAUUGCAGAUUGAAUUUGCUCGAGCAUCUCGUUCACCAGCACUCUCUCGUAGACGAGCGGUUGGACGAUUUCGAAAAGCAAUUGGACAUUUUAGAGGCCGGUUUCAACAUAGAAAGCGGGUCCGAGUAUCCCAGGACGAGGCACACCAUGCAGAUGCUCAUGAGAGAUUUGGAUACGCUGAAAGAUUUUAGUCAUUGUUCCGGCGUUUAAUUGUGUAAGUGUGUUUUUGUAAGUUCAAUUUUGUAAAUUUUUGCAUUGUAUUAAGAGUUGUUAAUAAAACGUAGCAGAAUUGUAAGAAA